UGCGUCGUAGGUAUAGAGGCUGGGGUGGCUGCUGAGCGCUUGCUCGUGGAGGUAGGGACUGCGGCCCAGGCUACUGCACUGAUGGAGACAGCUUCUGGUAAAGGCUGUUACAGCAAUGGAGGAAACAGAGAUAUAUCUUCUAUUUUUAAGAAAUCUUCCAAUAGUGUCAAUGAAGUCAAACCAACAUAUCCUUAUGACAACUAUGGUUCCUUGGCACUAGAGCAAGGAGCUAAUGACAAAGAAGUCAGAAAUAAUAGCACAACAAGUUUAUUAGAAUCAUCUUUUUCAGAACAUCAAGCCACUAACAUACAGAGUGCUCACUCUCAGUCAAGCGAGUUUGAAGACAGUAUUGACGAUGCUUGUUUGAAUGAAACAUACUCUAUAUAUCGUUCAGAGUCACAACUGAAGAGUGAAAACAUUACUAAUUUAAAUUCAGAAUUAUAUCCUGAAGUGGAAAAAGGAGACGAAGUAUUUUUUGAUAUUUUGGAACCUCAAGGCAAUAGGACUGUUGCCUUGGACAGAAUUUCUAAGAUUUCAGAUGAUGAUUCUGAAGAAACUGCAGAAGAAGUGCACAAGUGUGGUAUAGAUGAAGACUCACAGCAAGAAUAUCACAGUGCAGAGGAACAAGAAUAUAUAACUAACCAUCUGUCUUUUGUCCAAGCAAAGACAUUAAGUACGUCUAAUUUGGAAGUUGUUGAAUUAAGAAAUUCAGGUUAUGAAAUCAGCCUAGAAGAAAAUCACAUUAAAUUGGAAAAUAGUUCUGUUAUCUCUUCAGAUUCACUUAAUGUUUUUGCAGAAGAAUAUAUACCCUGUGUCUCCAGUGUUCAGAAUUGCGAUCUGUUAAAAGAGUAUUAUGAAUCAAAGCAUGAAAAGUGUAAGGAACAAGAGACUAAUUUAAUGUAUCCCACAGUAUUUGAUAACAUUGUACAGAGAAGCAAUUCUCUUGAGAAUGAAUCUCAGUCUAAGAAUGAUUACUUGAACCCUCAAAAAACACUAAAAACCAAAAUGUACACUAAUAAAGAAAUGAAAUAUACAAUUUUUGAAAGUGAGGAUUUUUGUGGAAAUGGAACUGUUAAGAGCAGAAUCUCACAGCAUCUUGAAAAUUCUAGCACAUUGCCCCAAGACAAAACUUCAGAGGCACUACAGUGCUCCUGUAAGAAUUGCCAUACUUUCUGGUCCUCUACUUUUGAUGACUCGGUCAUCUGUACCUGUGGGUGUUCACGUUAUAAAAGCCUACAAAGCACACCUAAUGCAGCCUCAAGCUUUUCUGAAGCACCACCAAGGAUUGCUGUAAAAGAUCAGGGAAUCAAAGAGCAUAGCUCCCUAAAGGCUAUAAAUGGCAAAAAUAUGAAUAAAACAUACUCUUUGAAAGAAACAAACUCUAAAUCAGUGAUAGAUGCAGCAAAUUGUACAGUCGCAGUUCAUCAGACAGUGGAUGUUAGCACAGAUUUUAGGGCUUGUUUCACAACCAGCAGAGCAACAAAUGCAAGGCCUACUGUAGUAUCUACAUCAAGCAACACUGACAUAACAAUGAUGAAUAAAAGAUGGCCGAGCAAAUGGCAAAGUGAAAGACAAAGUAUGACUUGUAACACCAAUUGGUCAUAUGGUCAAGACUGUGCAAAUGGAUCAGUGGCUGCAGCAAAAGGAUCAGGAAAAUCGCUCUCUAAUGACAGUAAAAGACCUGAUGGAAAUUUCCAAACUAAGGUUUUCCUGGAAUUAAAAACAUGUGAUAACACAGACUUAAAGAAAUGUCUUGAAAGUGUUGAAGAUCCAACUCAGAUCCUUCCUCAUGCUAGGGAGUUUCAAAUUUCUGAAGAGAUGGUGAAGGAUCUACCUUCAAAGCGCUGUAAAAGAAUAAUGCAGAGAGCUAUAGAAGCAGAGUUAUACCUUUUAAGUGUUCGCUAUCAGAUGUGCCAUCGUCACUGUUGUGAUAUUUACAAAUUUGUCAUGGAAAAUAAAGGAUUAAACAGGAAUUUACAAAGUAAUUCUGCUAAGAAGGAAUUAGAAUCAACACUGCUGUCUAUUUUAGAAGAAUUAAAUGUUAAAUAUAUGAAUCUAAAUAAAAAAAUACUCAAGGGCAUACCAUUAGAAGAGCUGCCCCCUUUGUCAAUAGAAUCAAAGUUACUGACAACCUUCUCUACUUUGGUUUCUGUGCUAAUGAAAGAAGAAUCACAUGUCUUUUCAGGAGCAGUUUCUGAAGUAGGUAAUCAGACUGCAUCUGAUGAUGAGGUCUCUCCAAGGCGAAAAAACGUGCACUCUCAAUGCAGAAAUGACCAUGAAGUCAGUGAGGACUGGUUUGAUGCUAAAGAGAACGUGACAGGAGUUGACUCCUCAGGAAUAGAAGAAAAUCAAAUAGAUCAUGACAGAUGGAAUCCGAAGUUUGCGGCAGCACAAAUGAAGAAUAUUGAACCCCUAGAAAGAGAUAAAGGGUUUUUGGUACAUGUUGGUGGUCUCUGCCCUUCAGUAUCUGAGGCUGAUUUGAGAUCUCAUUUCCAGAAAUAUCAAGUUUCUGAAAUCUCAAUUCAUGAUUCUUCCACUACUUACAGAUAUGCAUCUCUUUCUUUUAACAAAAACCACGAUGCAAAGAUGGCUGUGGAAGAAAUGAAUGGAAUAGAAAUAAAUGGAAAAUCAGUAAAUGUGAGACUUGUUAAAACUCACGGAGAGUACAUGUCACCACUUGCCUCAAAAAGAGGUUCAAGUAAUUUGGAGAAAAGUAUGAACAAAGAAAUGAACCCAGCCUCCUCUGUUUUUGCAUUGCCCAGAACUAGGCUGAGGCAGAUGAUGUCUGAGCAAGACAGUAAGCUUUUGCCUUUGGGCCAGGAUGCUAAGAAGAAUUGUAAACAGAUUGAAUCUGCUCAGUUUCCACCAAAAAUACCUGUUCAGUUCAUACCUCCAAAUACAUUGAACCUUAGUAGCUUUACCAAGAUCAUAAAGAAGCUGGUUGAACUGCAUCCAGAAGUUAGCAGAGACCAUAUCAUAGACGCUCUUCAGCAAGUGAGAAUGAAUCAUAAAGGCUUUCUCAAUGGCUUAUCUAUUAGUACUAUUGUGGGAAUGACUUCGUCUGUUCUGAAAAACUCUGCAUCCCCUUAGGAGUAAACAAAACAGAGUGUCCUUGGAGUGUAUGAGUGCCCAUCUGCAGCAAAGCUUCUACAGCACAUAAGAAAAGGUUGUGGUAAAGCAAGAGUGAUACAAUUUUGUAGAUUCUAUAAGAAGACUUAGCUGUUAAACACUCUGCUUUGUAGCUCUCCUAAAUCUGGCAAUACGUGUGUGAUGUUAAUAUAUCUAUAUAAAAAUUAAAAUACAAUUUG